AUCGUAAUGGCAGUUCAUUUGCAAUGGCUAGGAUUAGGCGAUAAUAAAAUCAAUGAAACACUGAAAAAUACAUCGCUUACCGAUUUGUUAAUUAUUAAAAAUAAUGAAGAAAUUACAAAACAAAUGAAAAUCUUAUUUUAUCAUUUGGGAACUAAAAUGAAACCGCAAUGCCACCAGUAUUUGCCAUUAAUUAUAAGACACAUUAUCAAUGGCAAUAUAACGAAUGAACCUCGUUUAAUUUUGGCAAUAAAUUAUAUUUUGUCGCAUGUGGUUGAUGGAAUUGCUGAAGAUGAAUUAUUGGCCGCUUGUGGUGCUGGGAUCGUUGUAACUCCUGAAGAAAUUGAAGAUGAAGUUGCUAAAAUUAUAUCAAAAUAUAAAGAAGAUUUAUUGUCAAAACGAUAUAAUUAUAAUGUUGGGAAAAUUGUCAGUGAUGUAAAAUCUGCUCUGAAAUGGGCUGAUGGUGCUUCUAUUAAAAAAGAAGUGGACACUAGGAUAAUGUUGCUUUUGGGACCAAAAACGUUAGAAGAAAUGAUAGAAUUGAAUGAUGAUCGUGCUAAAAAAGUUAAUAAAUUUGCCAAGGACUCAAGGAAAAAACAAGCGAUUUCCAAUAAUAAGCCAGAAGAUAAUUUUGGUGCAAAAAUUGGAGCAGCAACAAUCGAAGAAUUAAUGCGAAGAAAAGUGCAUUUUCAUAAGGUUGGCGAAAAUUACAAAACUGAUGGUUAUAUAGUUACUCCCAAAACUAUGGAGCUGCUGAAAAAGCAUGUAAAAGAAGUAGAUGGAAAGGUUGUUACUCGUUUUCCACCUGAACCAAAUGGCAUUUUGCAUAUUGGGCAUGCUAAAGCGAUCAAUAUCGAUUUUGGUUACGCUAAGGUGCAUGGUGGUAUAUGUUAUUUGCGUUUUGAUGAUACAAAUCCAGAAAAAGAAGAAGAAAGAUUUUUCAAGGAUAUUGAAGAUGUCGUUCACUGGUUAGGUUAUAAGCCUUAUAAAGUGACGCAUUCUUCGGAUUAUUUUGAUCAGUUAUAUGACUGGGCAGUCGAAUUAAUUAAGAAGAAUUUAGCAUACGUUUGUCAUCAAAGAGUUGAUGAGAUAAGAGGAUUUGAAGUUAUUGAGUCACCUUGGAGGAACCGACCUGUCGAAGAAUCUUUGCAAUUAUUUGAAGAUAUGAAGCGUGGAAAAUUCGAUGAAGGUGCAGCAACAUUACGACUUAAAGUUACACUAGAAGAAGGCAAAAUUGAUCCAGUGGCUUAUAGAAUAAAAUAUUGUUCUCAUCCUCGGUCAGGAGACAAGUGGUGUAUCUAUCCAACAUAUGACUAUACUCAUUGUCUAUGUGAUUCCAUUGAAAAUAUAACUCAUUCAUUAUGCACGAAAGAAUUUCAGUCAAGGCGCAGCAGUUAUUAUUGGCUUUGUAAUGCUCUUGAUAUUUAUUGUCCUGUUCAGUGGGAGUAUGGUCGAUUAAAUAUGAAUUAUACGGUUGUAUCGAAAAGGAAAAUAAAAGCGUUAAUUGAUAAUAAAAUAGUCAGCGAUUGGGAUGAUCCUCGUUUAUUCACGCUUACUGCAUUACGUCGACGUGGCGUACCUGCUGAAGCUAUCAAUAAUUUUGUUGCUGGUUUGGGAAUAACUGGUGCACAAAUGUCCAUUGAUACCCACAUGUUUGAUGCAGCUAUUCGAGAUUAUCUCAAUAAUACAGCACCUAGAUCUAUGGUUGUAUUGGAGCCAUUAAAGGUAAUAAUAGAAAAUUUUGACGAACUUUCACUUCCAUCAACAAUUGAAAUCCUUGAUUUACCAUCUGAAACUGACAAUUCUGCAAAACAUACAGUCCGCGUUGAUAGAAUCAUUUAUAUCGAACAGUCGGAUUGCCAACUGGAAAAUGCUGGCAAGGAUUAUCGUCGAUUAUCAAAAACUCAGUCGGUCGGUCUGAAGCACUUAGGACUUGUUUUAACUUACUUAAAAGAUAUCAAGGAUGAUUCAAACAAAACAGUGGAGGUCGUGGUUCAUGGUUCAUACUUAUCCAGUGAAAAUAAACCAAAAGCAUUCAUUCACUGGGUAGCGAAGCCUGUAUCAUGUGAAGUUCGGCUAUAUGGACGUCUUUUUAAACAUAGACACCCUGAAGACCAAACUGAGGUGCCAAAUGGAUUCCUAUCAGACUGUGAUCCCGAUUCCUUGAAAAUAAUGGAGCCAGUGUAUAUUGAUCAGUCAAUCGCUGGUUCAAAAGUAUAUGAUCGUUACCAAUUUGAAAGGAUUGGAUUUUUUGCUGUUGAUCGAGAAAGUACGCUGUCAAAGCUAAUUUUCAACAGAAUUGUCAGUUUGAAAGAAGAUUCAGGAAGAAAUAAAUGA